AUGUGCAAGCUGGAGGAUGUCGACAAUAACAAUCCAGGCAAACAGAUAACAUUAUUAAAUAUUCUAAUCUAUGCUGUUGAUGAAUAUGGAAUUAGUCAUUUACUCGAGAGUCAAACUUUGGAUGAAUUAAAAACGAAUUCAUCGAAUACUGAAGAGAAGAUGAAUGAAGAAAAUAUCUCAAAAUCAAUGGAAGUUAUUUUAAAUCAAAUUGAUAAUAAUCUUUCACUAACACACGAAGAUUUAGCACCAAGUAUGCCACUAAAAUUCACUAAACUAUAGAAUAUAAACUGUUUUAUUUUACUGUUAGAUUCAUCAAGUUUUCAUUCGACUGAAUAUCUAUCGACACAACCAUUCUCUAUUCUUGAUUUACAAGAGAAUGAUUUAUCUUCUUGAUUAAUAGUAAUCAUAAUAUUUCUAAGAUAAAAAAGAAAAAGAAAUUACAUUAUCUUUCACGUCGAUUAAAUAAUUUCAAGAAACAACUCAAAACUU